UAACAGAGCUAUGGCGAUCACUAAAUACCCUGCGGAGAAGUCUGAUGCUGGAUCCAAGGCGGCCCAGACCAGGGUUUCCUUGCCGCAGGCAGACAAUCGGCGUGAAGGUGUUGUGGUGGACGAGACUGAGAAUGACGAUCUCCAAGCCUCGAUGCGCACCAUCAUGGCGAUGCAAUUGAGGACUGACUCCAACAUGGAGGAGGUGAGGGCUGAGGUUGAAGAGGCCAAGCGUGAUCGUGACAUAAUCAUGCAGCUCCUCACCGGCAUGCAGGAGGAGCAGAGGCGGUUGGCGGCGGCGUUGGGGCUCGGCGGAGGCGAUCGGUGCCAGGAGGCGGCGGCCAAGGCGAGCAAAGCAGCGGCGGGGGGUCAGCACGUGGGCGCCGGAGGAGGGAAGUCGACGGCGACCUCGGCGGUUAGCUCGACGGCGGCUGUCCCGGCUGCUGUCGAUGCUGUGGCGGGGCCCGGAGGAGAGGCGACGGCGGCAACCCUAGGGCCGGCAGGAACUGAUCGGGUGGGCCCAGGGGCUGAUGGGCCUCAAAGUGGACCCAGGCUACUACCGACUCCGACGCUGAGGAGAUCGCGACAUUACGUGGGAAGACGAAGAUGUCGGGCUACGACAAUGUGGUCCAAAACCCCUGUUUCAAACCAAUGGGCCCGAGCCCAAUGGAGGGUGAGAUGGGCCGAAUGCAGCGGGCCGAAGACGGGCUCGAUCAGUAAGGCAGGGCAGAGCGGGCCAUGGUGAACCUACCGGGCCCAGAUGGUCGGACCGGGACUGGGUGGACCGAGGCCGGUCGGACCGAAGCUGGGUGGACCGAGGCCGGUCGGACCGAAGCUGGGUGGACCGAAGCCGGUCGGACCAGGACUGGGUGGACCGACGGUGGCCGAACCAGAACCGGGUGGACCACCAACGGCCAAACCGGGGUGGGCCGAUUUGCAAGCGAACCCCACCAGUUUGCGUUGACUCUGGAUGGCCGACCAGUACUGAAUGGCGGGCCCAGCUGGAGGGUUCGAGUGCCUACGGACCUCCGUUAGCAGCAGCAGGAGACCCAGGGGGUUAGCUGGGUGGGUACGAAGACUACCCAGGCGGGAACAGACCGAGCUGGAGUGCAGGGGACGACGCACGCGGACCCCCGGGGUAUUACAGAGGCUACCCCAGUGCUGGCAGGUAUGGUGGCUAUGAUCGCUAUGAUGAUGAGUAUGGAUUGGUGUUUAGGGCCAAACCCCAGACUAUUGAGUUUCCAAAAUUCAAUGGUCAGGAGGAUGUCGGUUUAUGGUUGUAUGCAGCUGACAGGUGGUUCAGAAAUCACCCGACCCGGGAGGAAAGGAAGGUGCAACUGGCGUCCUUCUACUUGGAGGGAGACGCCCUGCACUGGUGGGAGUGGUUAGAGCGAUCCUAUGCUGCCGCGCAAACGCUGAUUACUUGGCCGAUAUUUCAGGUGGAGCUUUGCUACCAAUUCGGCAAAUCAGAGGGCUGGGCGCCGGAGCAGCUGGCCAAGCUCAGGCAGACCGGAUCGGUAACUAAUUACCGGGCCGAGUUUCUCAAAUUGGGGAACCAGUGUAAAGGAGUUCCAGAAGAGACCCUGGUGGGAAUAUGCAUGGCAGGGCUAAAGCCUGAGAUUGCUGCGGCAGUCAAGAUUUUUGAGCUGGACACCUUGCGGGCUGUUUUUCGUCUUGCAGGUCAUAACGAAGAGGAGCUGGCGAGUUGGAGGAACGUCAUAGGGCGCUACCCCAAGCCUGGAGGAGGAGGCCACGCCGGUGCGAGGAGUAGCGGGAGUGGCAGCACCGCUAUUACUGCUAGCGGCGGGGCUGGCGCGACACCGGGAGCAGUGACCCCGGCAGCACGGCUUGGGCCGAGGGCUCCACCUAAGGGCUUCGUCAGGCUAAGUUCAGCGGAGAUAGAUCAGAAGAGAAGGGAAGGCAAAUGCUUCAACUGCGAUGAGUGGUUCACCAUCGGGCACAAGUGCGCGAAGCCGGAAUUAAUGAUGUUGGUGGGAAGAUGGGAGGAUGAGGCCGAGGAAGAUGCAGCGGAAGGCAGGGGCGAAGAGCAGGUGGAGGACUAACAACCUUGAGGACAAGGUUGAUUCGAAGAAGGCGGGGAUGAUAGAAACCUGCAUUUCUAUUUAAUUAGCAAUUGAACUUAUUUGAUAGUUUAUGAAUGUCUAUGGAUUUAUUGGGUAUUUGGGGAAUUAGAUUGGGGUCUAAUAAAUUCGGGGUAGUUAUCCUUAAUUAGGAAUUGUUAUUUAAACUAUUUUCUACGUUGAAUGAGAUUAUGGAAUAAUUGAACCCUAAACCUAAUAGCAAUUCUUCUCUCUCUCUCUUCCUUCCCUCUGCCGACCCCUCACUCUUCCCUCUCCUCCUCGGCAGCCACUGCAGCCGACUUCCCCUGCCUCCUUCUUCUUCUCUUCGAGCCAAACCAUUUCCCUUCCCCUUCUCAUUAUUUCCACCGCCAACAGGAGCCAACCUAGGCCCAUUUCCAUUUCAAUUCCCCUUUUAUCAUCAUCAAUAGAUCCCGGAGAACGGGUUUCUAUCAGAAGCUGUACAAGUCAAUGACCAAUGAACCUGCACAUUUUAACAACAACAAGAAUAUAUUCCUUUUCUUUUAUGGCCUAAGGUUAUCUAGGUCUCAGGAAUGUGCACAAGUCUCGGAAACCUCUCACACCUCUAUUAGUAAUGUAAUAUGAAGGAAUUUUAGGUAAUACCAAAUUAGCAUAUUUUAAUGUGUUUUUCGACUCUAAUAUGUUUCCUUGCAAUAAUUGUGUCAUUUCGGGAAAAUCGCUAUAUGUGCCCUGUGAAUCCUCCAGUAUGACAUAUCACAAACUUCCCGCCGCGGAGCGCGGGUUUCCUUACUAGUGUAUUAUAACUUUAUAAGCAAAGCAAGGGCCAAGGGUGCAGAUCGCAGUUGGCAGAGAAAGGGCGGGGACUUGGUAUAUUAAACAAAUGGAUAUGAUCUGAUUCUUGAUGAAAUGACAUUAUGUAUAAUGUUAAACAAAUGGGUUUCAGCACGUGUGUGUAUAUAUAUAGCCUUUUUAAUGUCAGAGCUAAAAACUGGAUCCAGUCCACUCUCCAGUCCAGGCUGACACAAGAGAAAAAGCAUACGGCGCCAUGGCGUACGUAGGUAGUUUAAAAACAAACAAAUAGAAUACACACCGGGAGCAAUGGACGCGUGUACCUACUGUACCUAAAUAUAAUUCAAUAUAUUGUGCAUCGCUAAUUUAAACCAGCUAGCUCUCGUUCUGUGCUUCUUUUUAUAUUAUACAUUGAUGAUCUGAAAGCAGUGGCCAGCGGCUACAAUUAGAGUAGUAGCAGCUGCGCGCUGCUGGAACACUCGCCGAGACACUCUGCUGUGCUGCCCACUUCCAUUCGGUACUGAAAUCCCAUUUUUCACUUCUUCACUUCUUCUUCUUCUUCUUCUUCUUCUUCUUCUUGAGCAAGUUGCUCUUGUUCUUCUUCUUCAAAGCAACGCGUUUUGCGUUGGUCAUGGGGGCUAGCUAGCUGCUGUUCAGAAGGAGCGAAUAAGGUAUUGGGUUUAUCUAGACUAUAAUAAUAUUCAUGGUCUUCAUCAUUUGGACAUCCUGCAAAACCAUACUUAAAUAAAUCUGGACACAGCUGGUUAUGGUUUUCUUGCUGAAUCGAUCUGUUGUGUUUUCACUGAACGAAACUGCAGGAAAGAGCCUCGUUUACGCAGGAUCGAUGGCAAGCAUGGCAUUUGAUUUAGCAGAAGCUUGUUAUUGAGAACUGAUUCAUGACUGUCUUGGUUCUGCAGUUAGGGUUCCCGGCCAUUCAAGGAAGCUUGCUGCCUGGCCUGCUGGUGAUCAACAAUGAACUCAUGUAAUAAGG